AUGAAUCGAAAAGUAAAAUUAUUGAUACCGAAAGACCGAGGCGAACUGAUUCCUAUCUUUUUCGUCGUCGUUCUCAUCCUUGUUUAUGUGACUUUCGAAUUGUGUGUUAUCUUACCGACAAUCUACAAUAACAUUUUUACUUAUAAAGAAAUCUGUCAUCUUAUCUUCGGCUUCUAUGUAAUCUUUAAUUUAAUUGGCAAUCUAUUCUUAUGUAUGGCGACAGAUACAUCAAUAGAUACAAUCAUUUGUCCUGUCUUAUUACCAGCUCCGACAGUACAUACAUCAACAAAUUCUCAACAAGACAUGCUUUUCUAUUACUGUAAUUGGAAGUAUUGUCAUCAAUGUGAAGUUAAUGUUCCACCGCGCUCACAGCAUUGUCAUUUAUGUAAAAAAUGUGUUCUAAAACGUGACCAUCAUUGUUCAUUUCUUGGCCGAUGCAUUGGCUUUCGCAAUAUUCGUUAUUACAUGUGUUUUCUCGUUUGGACAUGGAUUGGUCUAGUCUACUGUAAUAUUCUUCAUAUGGACUAUACUUAUGAACUUGUUGGCAGUUUUUCAUGGCGUGUUAUUGUUGGUAAGUAAAGAUUAGCUAAACAUGAUAGAUAGCCUAAAAAAACAUCAAAAGGAAAUUAUGUAGCGUUCUAUUGAAGAAGUCUGUGACCUAUUUAUGUAUUACUUAUGUAAACAUCUUUGUCGUUUGACUAAUCAAAGAGAAUUUGUUCG